CACAACCGCCUCAAGAGCACCAUCAACCACAGCCACACACGCCCCCAUCAGCACAUGUGUCACGCUGUGACUGACUGAAUGGACCGACCGACUGGUACUGCUCUGACUGACGCCCCGCACCAUCCACGGAUUCCAUCUCAAACAGCAGCUGCACUCACGUACCGCUUGCCCUCCUUUUGGUUGAUUUCUUUUCCUCUUUUGUGUUUUCAUCUACUUUCUCUUCUUCAUCCGUGGCUCUUCUCUCUUUGCGCAGGCUUUCCCAUUUGCCUCCACUCUUGUUGGAGCAGCGUUUCAGCUCCAUCGCCCCCCUCCCGGUCCUUGUGUCUUGCAUGGUGGUGGGUCUCCGCUGUAGUUGCCGAAGGAUGGUGCCGAGGUUACGCCGCUUACAGCUGCUGUGGCAGCGACGCUGGCGCACCAUAGUUGUCAUUGUACUGUGCAUCACACUGCUCGCUGCUCUGCGCAGAAACAGAUCCGCAAGGUACAAUGCGUCCGACGUGCCCGACCUUACAAAGUGCCGAGCACCCAGCUUGGAGGUGGCACCUCUGAUCACCGCAUCCCUGAUACACGAUACAGCGGACGCCGCCGCCUUCCUUGACCUCCACCGCGUGGCCGAGGCCCCCUUCAACGAUCUCAUAUUGUCUGCGUCCAGUGCCCGCAGCGGCGAUGCCAACCGCAACCACGCUCGCGCAGAUGUGGACCGCAAUGCGCUGCGCCCAGUCACGCACAGGCAAACCCUCGCCCACUGCAUUGCGCAGCACUACCUCGGCGCGAUCCAGCAGCCCACGUGGUCGCAUCCGUCCGUGUGGUUCGCCGCCAUCCAGGCUGCUCAGCACGAGGGUGCAGCAGCACAGCAGCAGCGCGCAGCACGAUCCGCACAUGCCAAGGACGCCAACGACAACGCGGACAGCAUUAGCAGUAGUAGUAGUAGUAGCGAAGGCGGUACAGCAGCCACCAUGGAUCAAGUGCGACGCAAGUGGUGGGCCCACAUGGUGCAGCUUGCGCGGCUGCACAUCCACCAGCAAGCAGACGGCGAUCCUGCAAGCGAGCAAGGCAAGGUGCUGGAGGUGCCGAGCGGGCUGCCCAUCCACGAUGAGUACAUUUCCUCCCUCGUCAGCGCCCUGCUCAUGCCCAUGGACAGCGAUGCGCUCGCUUACUCGGCGCACGUUCCCAAGCACAUCAACGUCCACACCACCAUCUGCGGGGCAUCCCCUGCCACGGCUCGCCGCUGCCGCUCUGGCCGCCCUAUGCUCUCCCCUUCCGCGUCCCUGCAAGCAGCGACCGCCGUCUUCGCCUCGCGCUCCCUCGCCCUCACCAACGUGGCAGACACUUGGCUCCUGCAGCUGGCGCAGCACGUGCGCGCGGGCGGCGUGGUUGCCUUCCACGACGUCUACUUUGCCGGCGACGACCCCUCCCCGUGCGUGCUGGCAAACGCCCUGCACUCCCCUGCGGGCGACACCAGCGUCGUGUACGCCACGGAGGCCACCAUCGCGUUCUUCCUCGCCCACUUUGAUGUGGAGUGGUACCGGGACGUGCGCGUGUCCUUCCACCCGUCGCUCGCGUGUGAGAAGCGGGAAGUGUUCGCCCUGCUGCGGCGCCGCACCACGCUCCGCCCAGGCAUCGCCACACCGCGGCGUGUGGACCUCACCAUCACCUCCCUCCGCGCCAUCAAGACGGCCUUGGCAGCAGCCCCGUCGUCCCGGCACCCGUCGCAGUGGCUGCAGCGCUUGUUGGACGCCGCCUUGCACCACUCGCCAAACGCAUGGCCAAACCUGGCACACCGCCCCCACACCACCAACACCAACACCAACACCAACACAAACACAAACACAAACACCAACGCCAACAACGACGGAGGUGCUGUGUCCUUGUUCCACGAAGCGUCACGCCCGCGCCGGUGGGCAACGAACGGGCUGUUGCACGACACAAUGUCGCAGCUUGAGGCAUUUGACGCCGUGGAGCGGCUCCUCGAAGGGGGCGUGCCCGAUGGAUGCAACCCAACCAGCGACAUUUGCAACAUCUUCUUUGUCUGGACGUCACAUCGCGACACGUGGUCCUUCCUGAACAGACUGGCGGUGGAGUCCGCCCUGCGCAUCUUCCCGCGUGCGCGCGUGAUUAUCGUGUCAAACACGCUUCCCGUCACCUUCUUCAACAGCCUGCAGGCAUCGCACCGCGUGUAUGUGUGGCGCAUCGUGCCCACCCGCCUCGUGCGCGCCGGCGUUGCUGGCGGCAGGUGGCUGCGCGCUGCCCUGCGUGAGCAAGGCCCACAUCUCCCCACGCACCAGAGCGACUUCCUGCGGUACGUCGUGCUGUACAAGUACGGCGGUCUGUUCAGCGACACGGACCUGGUGUGGCUGGACGCGUCCCCGCUCGCCCACGCCAUUGGCCGAAACUUCCUGGGCAAGAUUGACAGCCGGCCCAUCUUGGCGCGCUGCCCCUGGUGCGUUGACAGCACGUGGUACCUUGCCAACGGCGUGCUGCGCUUCCAGGCGCGCCACAAAAUGCUUGCAAGUAUUCUUGGGCACAUUGACACGCUGCGCUACGACCCAAGUGACCGCCUGGCCAUCGGGCCGCACCUUGUCACCAAGACGUUCAACGCCCUGCAGGACCCAAGCGUCAUCUUAGUCGACGAGCAUGUGCUGUUCCCCAUGUCCGGACCAGAUGUCCUGCAGUACAUGGACCCACGCCCGCCCCACACGCGCCUGGCGGACCUGCUGACCUCCGCCGCUGUCCAUGUGUUUGAGGCAACGUACAAGGCCGCUCCCUACGCCCCGACGAGCGCAAUGCAGCAGCUGCUCGCGCUCACGCCCUGGGUGCAGAUUGACCCCGUGUGCGAAUGUGUCUGGCAGCAAGACGACACCGACACCGACACCAACGAAGAUAAGGGUGAUGAUGACAGCAACAGCAACAGCAACAGCAACAGCAACAGUGGUGGUGCUGCUGUAGGGGGUGACAGCACGAAGCGCAAGAAGACCAACCUGUGUCUGCCGUACAGUGCAACGGCUCGGUACAGGCAGGGGUCUCGCGACCACCUCGUGCGCAUGUGUGUCAAGAUCAGGGGCAUCCACAGCGACGCUGAUCAGAGCAGCACACCCAACAGCGACAGAAACGAGCGUGCUGCUGGUGAUGGUGACAACGAUGAAGGUGCUGGUGGUGAGGAGAAGAGUCGUGACGGCACGAGCGUGGUUGGCUUGCCUGAGGACGGCGUGCUUGUGCUUGAGGCGCGGCUUGGGCGCGUGCAGACGGCGUACCAGGCCGCUGACAAGCGCAUUGUCGUACCGCUGCACAGAGACAUGACGCACACAGAGCUGCUGGAGCUGGCACAGCUGUGGUACGUGCACGGCGAGGAGUACUGCAACGACCACGUCACCGUGCAGGUGGUGCUUGCCUCGGGCGUGGUGUAUGCUGAGGGCGGUGUUGAUGUGAUGACGCCGUGCUUUGGCGUCGCAGAGGCGCAGCAGCGGUACAUUGGGCCCCCGCUGGCAAAGGGCACGUACACGUGGACAAACGCCGAGCACAUGCUGCAGUGCACGCGGUUCAGCGAGGAGUAUGCGGGGCCUGACCCCCUCAUGUUCUGGCCGCGCAAGUACCGCAAGCUGGUGGGCGACAUGGUGAGUCCUGCCACCGCCAAGUAUGCCUUUGGCUACACGCCCGCGCUCACAGCAGCCAACGGGGCGGGCGAACAGCAGCAACGGCAACAGCCGCGGUACAAGGUUGGCCUGGUGGUGGUGGCAACAGGCUGGUACUACGCCUUUCUGGACGACUUUGUUGCCAGUGCUGAGGAGUUUUUCAUGCCGGGCCACGAAGUGCACUACUUUGUGUUCACGGACAACCGCCCCUUUGCUGCUGGCCCUGCUGACCGCAUGCACAUUCUCCGGCAGCCCGUGUACGGGUGGCCCUUUGACAGCAUGUUCCGCUACGAGAGCAUCCUGCGUCAGCGGCACCACUUUCGCAACAUGGACUACAUCUUCAUGCUUGACUCGGACAUUGUCUUCUCAAACUUUGUUCGCGAGGAGAUUCUCGGGGAGAUGGUGGGCGUGACGCAGGCGUUUGCAUUUGGCCUGGCGCGCAGCGAGUACCCUCUGGAGAGCAACCCCGCGAGCGUCGCCUAUGUGCCACAGAGGUCCACGCCGUGCUACUACGCCGGCGGCAUCUUUGGCGGCACGGUCGAGGGGGCCGUUCGCUUCCUCCAGCACACGGCGUGGCUCAUGGAGUGGGACAUUAUGCAACAGGUCAGCGCGGGCCACGACGAUGAAUCAUACCUCAACCGCAUCUUCGCGUGGAACCCGCCGGACGUUGUGUUGCCCGCAAGCUACAUCUACCCUGAGCCGCCUUGCGAUCGCGCGUGGCAAGCCGGCGGCAGGCGAUAUGACGGCACGUAUCCGCCGCGCAUUUUGAAUGUGGGGUGUAGGAAGGUGCUGGGCCUGCAGCCGGGGAUGGGCCGUAAGACGCGCACAGAGGACGCAGGCACGCCGAAGGACUUUAUGCUGCGGGAGGCACGCGCCCACGCCGCGGACAUGACGCCAGGCACCGCCAACGAGCAACAGCAGCAAGAACAGCAGCAGAAACAGCAGCAUGGUGGUGAAGGGGCAGAGGAUGCAUUGCUGUCCACGCCGCUGUGGAUGGUAUCGUGCAUCGACUCCUUGCCGGAUGAUCUCGACGACGGUGCGCAUGAUGACAUGUGGGCGGACAGCAUUGCCGCCGCACCACGGCGCCUGGCCAACCACACCAGGCACGCCGGCGUUGUUUAUGGCAUGAGCAACGCGCUCCUGCAGCGGUUCUGGGCGGCGCGGGCCUCGCAGUUGCACCCGCCCACGCUGCACGUGGUUGCCGUGUCCCGCUGUGAUGCGCAGGCGGUGGCGGCGUUGCUGCAGCUUGUGCAGGCGGAUGUGGUGCUGGUCACUGACCCGGGCCUGACGCCAGGGUGGCAGGUGAACUUUGGCGUGUGGCGACGCAUGCUGCAAGACAACAGUCGGCUGUGGAAGGCAGCGGGGCAGUCUGCAGGCGGUGAUGGUGCUGGCGAUGACGUGACGGCGCCGUUGAGGAUCGCUGCUGCGUGCCCCUUCCCCAGCAGCAAGUACCGGCAGAUGAACCUGGGCACGCGUGCUGUGGGCAAUCUGCUGUGCGGGUGGGACACGCAGGCUGCAUCACACCCGAGCGAUGGCCAGCGGGAGCGGGUGCUCGCCACAGACUUCCGCACGUACGUGUGUCGGGCGAAACCGCUGCAUGAUGUUGAAGACCACCAGGCGUUUAUGGCACUCAAAGCGCCGCUGCUGUCUGCCAUGAACAAAAUCGGCGCACCUGUGGUGAUGGAAGCAGAUGCGCGCAGCAACCUUGGACUGCCCACACGCAGCGGCAUUGACACACAACCACGCAGCCGUGGCGGCGGCGCUGCUGGGCGCGGUGGGGACGUGACGGGGAGCUUUGCACGGCGCACGAUGGCAGCCCUGCGCUCCCUGAUGCAAUCGGAGGGCGGUGCCGCUGUGGAAGUUGCAUCAUGUUUCACAGACAUGCAGCCGUUUAUUGCCGCGCCGGUUGUUGCGCGCACGUCUGCGAAGAUGUGUUGCAGAACACGCUUCCUCGGUAUGUGUUUGUCGUAUCGAGAGUGCUAGCCGGGCUGCUUUGCUCCUUUGCUUGCUCACAUGUCGUGCAGCUUGUUCUGUGCUGUUCUUUAUGUUAGCUCGAUUUCAGCUUGUUCGUGUGUGUGUGUGUGUGUGUGUGUGUGUGUGUGUGUGUGUGUGUGUGU